CUCCUCUCUCCGCACUGUGCCAAAACCUCCCCCCAAAGCCUCUUGCACCACCACUUUCCUCAAACUAGAGACUUUUUUUUGGUCAACACGAAAACAACAUGGCAGACGUUGUCGUCAAACAACCACAAGUCGGAGGAGGCGGCGGGAUUGUGAUUGACGAUGACUGGCCAGGCUACAGUUUAGAUCUCUUCAGCUAUCCGGCUCACUACUCCGGAGAUUUAGACUGUGUCGUCGUUCCACAUGGUGUCAUUAUGGACAGGACAGAACGUCUGGCUCGAAACAUCAUGGAUGACCUGGGGGACCAUGACAUCGUGGUGCUGUGUGUGCUGAAAGGAGGCUACCAGUUCUGUGUCGACCUGGUGGACAAGAUCAAGGUCCUCAGCCGCAACUCCAACCGCACCCUCCCCAUGAGGGUCCACUUCAUCCGACUCAAGAGCUACCUGAAUGAUCAGUCAACAGAGGAUCUUCACAUAGUCGGAGCAGAGGAUUUGUCUUUUUUAGCUGGAAAGAACGUACUGAUUGUGGAGGCCAUUGUGGGCACCGGAAAGACAAUGAAGGCUCUCCUGAAGUAUGUUGAAUCCUUCAGUCCCAAAUUGAUCAAAGUAGCAGGAUUGCUGGUUAAGAGAGUGCCACAUAACUCAACAUGUCUUCCUGACUAUGUCGGCUUUGAGAUACCUGAUCGGUUUGUGGUUGGAUAUGCCUUAGACUACAAUGAGUAUUUUAGAGAUCUAAAUCAUAUCUGUGUGAUCAGUGAAAGUGGGAAAACAAAAUACAAGAUUUAAAAAAAGGACUGCAAAAGGAGGCCACCGUCAGAUCAUCUAACAGCAAGCCUGAACAUUUUCCCUGGGAUGCCAUUCACUUACAGCUGCUAUCGUGACAUUUGAUCUCAAGCAUCCCCUGAUUUGUUUUAACAUUCCUUCUAUGAAAUGUGUUUUAACAAUAGACACUGACGUUUAUCUGGUAAUUUUAUCAAAGCAAGUACAUGGUGUACUUUGCUUUUAAAGUAGCCAUUUCAUUCUUAAUGUUUACAGAAGUUAUCUGUAUUGAUAAUUGAAAUGCAAGGAAACUGUGUGCCAUAGUUUGUUUGACUUUAACACAAAUUUCAUCUCAACUUUGUGCCAUAGUUUGUUUGACUUUAACGCAAAUUUCAUCUUAACUUUGUGCCAUAGUUUGUUUGACUUUAACACAAAUUUAAUCUCAACUUUGUGCCAUAGUUUGUUUGACUUUAACGCAAAUUUCAUCUUAACUUUGCUUCUUGUAUGCAUUGUAAAGACUUGAUAAUCAUGACCUGUAUGAAUGUGAUACAUUUUCUAAAGUCAGUGUGUGGUAACAAAGGAAAGCUUCUUUUAAAAUGACAGAAACAGAGUUUUAAUAAGAAAUUAGGGAUAUAUUUUAACAUGUUAUUAACGUGUACAUUGCCUGUCUGGUAUUUCAUUAGGUACUGUAGUUCUCCUGCUGUCACCUUUAAUGCUGGGCAAACACUGAGUGUAAUACUACUUUAAAACUGAGAUGUAGUGUAAUAGUGAUCUAAUUUCUGUAUUUCCUUUUAUAAUAUAACAUGCAAGUAAAGUAUUUCAAACAUU